AUGGCACAACCUGAUUUAUUAUGCUUCAACAUUCAGAAUGCUUUUGAAGGGAGCAAAUUUCAGGAAGCACUAGAAAAGUUACCAAAGGAGGAACAAAGUUCUGUGUUGAGAUUCAAGUUUGCUAGAGAUCAGCAUUUGACCUUGGGUGGUUUAUUAUUACGUAGAUACUAUUUCUCUAAACACUUUAAUGUUCCUUGGUCACAGUUGGAAUUUGCUAGACGCCCUGGUGGGAAGCCAUACUUGAAACACUACGAUAACAUUGACUUUAAUAUAUCUCAUGAAGGCUAUUGGGUUAUCUUUGGUUGCAUUAAGGAUAUGAACAUUGGUGUGGAUGUUGUUGUUGUAGAUAAUUCAAAUAAUUCAUUAGAUGAAUUCAUUCAUGCCUUUGAGUCACAGUUGACUAUAGAUGAAAUGAGCUUAAUCGCUAAUAGUAAAUAUGAUAAACUCUCGACCUUUUAUGAAAUUUGGGGAUGUAAAGAAAGCUAUAUUAAAGCAAUUGGCGUUGGCCUUGCUUUGGAAUUAGAUCAGUUGAAUUUUAGGAACGAGAAUGAUAUGAUCAAAUUGUAUCUCAAAGGCAAAAGGCUUGACUUUUGGUCCUUUUAUAUGACUUAUAUUGAUCCUUGUGCUAUAGCAGUUGUAUGCUGUGGAGGUAAUGAUUCAUCCAUCGUCAACUUUCACAAUACAAAUACAAAGCUUAUUGGUGAACCAAUACCUUCAGACCAAGCCAACCUAUUUCAUCACUGUCAACUAGACACUCUAUUGCCCUAAUAAUAAUAAAAUGGAAUCAACGCGUAUGUUCGCGCAUUAAACGCGCUGUUGUCGGAUG